AUGCGAUCCCCGUUCAUCCUCGUCUUCGGCCUUUCUGCCCUCGUUGCGGCUGCUUACGCCGCAGGAACAACAGGAGCAGGAACAGGAACCGGGACUCCGGCUGCGGCAGGAACAGGAGGCACCCCUUCUACUGGAACAGGAGGCACCCCUGCGGCCUCUACUGGAACAGGAGGCACACCUGCGGCUUCUACUGGAACAGGAGGCACCCCUGCGGCUUCUACAGGAACAGGAGGCAGCCCUUCGUCUGCUUCUGGAACGACUCCAGCAGCUACAGCUCCUACAACUCCUCCAGCAUCCACCCCAACUCCCACCCCAACUCCCAGUGCAUCCGUUUCGCCCAGUGACUCUUCGGCCACGGAUUCCGCGAACGCAGCGGAGGUGGCUAGGUUGGAGAACGUGAUUGCAAAUUUGAGACUUAAGGACAGGCGGCAACAAAAUCGCAUAAAAAAGCUUAGGGGAAAGCGUAACGGAAAGCGUAACGGAGGACGUAACGGAAGGCGUCGUGGAGGAAGACGCCAACGUCGGGGCUAGGCUCUACAAAAAGGACAAAAUGUAUUUGGAAGUUUCGACAUUCACAAUCAAAUGUUUAAACAAAUCAAAUAAAAUGAAUAUAUGAGAACGCAA